GAAAUCGAUUACACCAAGGAGGGGAAAAACGCGGACAGGUUCCGCGAGAAUUUCAAGGACAUGGACUACGUGAAGGUGCCCAAGAUAUACUGGCAGUACACGACGUCUCAGAUGCUGGUGAUGGAAUACACUCCCGGCAUCAAGAUCAACCGCAUUGACGCUCUGGACAAGCUCAAGGUGGACAGGAAGAGGCUGGCUCGCUACUGUGUGGAGUCGUACCUGGAGCAGAUCCUCAGCCACGGAUUCUUCCAUGCCGACCCGCAUCCUGGCAACAUUGCAGUGGAUGAUGUUAACGGCGGCCGUCUCAUCUUCUAUGAUUUCGGCAUGAUGGGAAGUAUCCCAUCCGACAUCCGCGAAGGCCUGGUUGAAGCGUUCUACGGGGUGUAUGAGAAGGACCCUGACAAGGUGCUGGACGCCAUGGUUCAGAUGGGCGUGCUCGUGCCCACAGGGGAUCGCACGGCUGUGCGGCGCACGGCCCAGUUCUUCCUCAACUCGUUUGAGGAGCGCCUGGCACAGCAGCAGGCGGAGGCUAAGGCGAGCGCUCCCUUGUCGAAAGAGGAAGCAUUGGCCAAGAGGAAGAUGCGCCUCUCCGCUAUCGGAGAGGACCUGUUGGCCAUCGCAGCAGAUCAGCCCUUCCGAUUCCCAGCCACCUUCACCUUUGUGGUGCGGGCCUUCUCAGUGCUGGAUGGCAUUGGCAAGGGGCUGGACGCCAAGUUUGACAUCUCCGAGAUUGCCAAGCCCUAUGCGCUUGAGCUGCUUCGAUUCAGGGAGGUCGGCUCCGAGCUCUUUUUCAAGGAGCUGAGGAAGCGGUGGGACCGCCAGUCGCAGGCCUUCCGGAACCUUCUCAGGCAGCCCAGCCGCGUGGAGAAGCUUGCUGACGUCAUCCUGAGACUGGAGCAAGGUGACUUGAAGCUGAGAGUGCGGACUCUGGAGAACGAGAGGGCGUUUAAGAGAGUGGCCACUAUGCAAAACACCAUUGGCAGCGCCAUAGCAGCAGCCACCUUGGUGAAUGUUGCUUCAGCCAUGCACAUUGCCGCCCGCAAAACGCCUGCUACAUUGCUCCUGCUGGCCAGUGCCGUAUUUGGAAUGCGUGUGCUGAUCGGCCUCAUGCAAGUGAAGAAGUUGGAUGAGCAGGAAAAGCUUAUUAUGGACGUUACAAUUGCCCCUUUAGACCCGACGAGCACUCUUUUAGAGGUUGCGAUAAAUUCGGCAGGCAAUGGGGCGAAUCGUUUUAGAGACCCGACAGGAGGAGCGGACGUAGCUGGGGUUCAAGGUCUAGGCGGGGCGAUCAGAGAGGAAGACUUCGGGGAAGAGAAGGGCCGGGUUCAAACCCCGAAAGCCGCGAUUUUUCAGCGCGAUUGUUACUGUCGCUGCCACGUGCGCAGUGCUCUUACCGAGGGAGCCGAUAACGCGGAGAUUGACCCAUUCGAACCGAAUUUGCAGCGCGUAGCGGCGAGCGGGGUGGGCGGAGCGAGAGGCGGGGAAGAGGUUCGGCGGGAAACACUUUUUAAAGAAUUUAAGAAAAAUAAGGGUUUUGAGAAAUCGCACAAAUUUGUCGCACGGACGAUUAGCGAGUCCCCCCCAGGUUUCCGCGCGGAUCGGCAGGGGCCGGGCGGAUCGGACGCGGAGCAUGCGACGGGGCGUUGGGGGACGGAACGGCGAGACGGAGCGGCGAUUCAUGGGGGCAGCGCGGCGGGCGGAACUGUCGCUCGGCGCGCCACUGUCCCGUCGGCGGCAGUUCCGCGCGAGGCUGUCCGCGGUAGUAGCGGCGCGGAAGACAUCGUUGCGCGCGAGGCUUUCCUCCGCGGAAACGACGCGGACGGAAGUGUUGCGCGCGUCAACUUUCCCCGCGGGAGCAGUGCGGCGGAAGCAGGCAGCGAAGCGGAGGGGCUUGGCGAAGAAGGGCUUGGCGCAGAGGGAUUUGGGGCGGAGAAGCUUGGCGCGGAGGGGCUUGGCGCGGUGCGAAAGGCGAAGAGGCGGCGGCAUCAUGCGUCGUCGGAAGGGGCUAUGUCGGAACAGCCCAUUUAUGGACCCCCUUCCCAACCACCAAUCUCAACCCCUCCCAACCCGCCCCAACCCGCCCCAACCGACCCCAACCCCUCUCAGGACGCAGUGCGAUCGCGCCUGGAGCGCCUCUCCUGCAUGCUCCGCUCACACUCUGAUCGGCUGCCGUGCCGCACUGCUGCUGCCGACCAAUCGCAGAGCUCGAGAGACGCCGUCAGCCAAUCGCAGGGCACGAGGGAGCCAGCGGUCCAAUCGCAGGGUGCUGUGGGUGAUGGUGCAGCUGCUGCUGCACUGAUCGAUAACAAUCCCCGUGCGGGUGGGGGAGGCGGAAAUGGUGGUGGUGGCGUUAUAACUGAUAACGGGGAUAGGGAUGAUGGAGAAGCCACCUUAGCGGAGCAGCUACUAGCGAGGAUGGAGGAGGUGGCGAGGCUGAGCGAGGAGAACGUGCAGUACCGAGCCGUCUUCGAGCUUUCCAUGGACCCAAUCUUCAUUUUCCGUCUGCACGAGGAGACAAUAACGGACUGCAACGAGGCGGCGGUAACCAUUCUGCGCUGCGCCUCCAAAGCAGGCGUCAUGAGCCGCGCGUUCCACGUCAGCUUCUCGCCACCCGUGCAGCCGGACGGCCGCCCGACAGCCGAGGCGGCGGGCGAGGUGAUGGCGCGGGUGCAGAGCGGCGAGGCCAUCAGCUUUGAGUGGAUGCAUUGUGCCUUGGAUGGGUCGCCGCUGCCUGUGCUUGUGCGAGUGAAGCACAUAGUGGCAGCGGGGAGGGACUGUGUGAUCGUGGUGUGGCACGAUAUGAGAGAAGCCAAGAGGAGGGAGGAGGAGCUGCGGCAGGCCAAAGAAGCAGCAGAGGCAGCCAGCCGCGCCAAGACACAGUUCCUGGCCAACAUGAGUCACGAGCUGCGCACUCCCAUGAAUGGUGUGUUGGGGGUGGUGGAACUACUACUAGCCUCGGGUGUGAGCAGCGAGCAGAGGGCGCUGCUGCAUGUGGUGCGGGCGUCAGGGGAGAGCCUCGUGCGAAUCCUCUCAGACCUCCUCGAUAUCACACGCAUCGAGUCCCACUCCCUCGCCCUCUCCCUCGCGCCCUUCUGCCUCCGCGCGGCCAUUGACAGCACUCUCGCGCUCAUGAGGGUUGUUGCCGUGAAGAAAGGGCUGCAGCUGUCAGUGAGUAUUGAUCCAUCCACGCCACAGGAGGUGGUGGGCGAUGCAAUGCGGUUCCGUCAGGUGCUGCUGAACCUGCUCUCAAAUGCCAUCAAGUUCACUGAUAGAGGCUCCGUGGCGGUGCAUGUGACAAAGCUGCACGAACCACCCACUUCACGUGUCAACAGCAAGGCUGGUGGGCCCACGGGUAGGCUCUGGGAUGGGCAACCUUGGGAAUCCGACCCAGAGGGGAUCCACUUGGGGAUUCGUAAGGGCGGUGAUUGCAGGGGUGCUCGAGGUAGGAGAGGGGAGAGUAGAGGGGAGGAGUUUAGGCGGGGUAGGGGAGCAGAGGGAGAAGGCGAUGGUGGUGAUGGCAGGGUUGAGAGAUUUCAGGGGAGGAAGAGGCAGAGGGAGGGAGAAGGGCGAGGUGAGGAGCAGGAGAGCGAUGGUGGGAUGAAGAGGCAGGGGCGGUUGGUGGCGACUGGAAGAGAGGAAGGGGUGAAGGGGAUCAGGGUGGAGGAGACAAGUGGAUGGCUCGAGGACUUGACACGCGUGGAGAUGAGUGUUGGGCAUGGGGGGGAUGUAGGGACGCGACUCAAGCAUGGUGGGGAGGCGGAGUUGGUGGGGAGGUGUAGUAUUGCGCAUGGGAGGGACGUGCAGGUGAUUCCAGGGGACGAAGGAGCGAGGUCGACGGUACGAGGCCGUGGGGACAAUGGGAUGGAGAGAGGAGAUACAGAAGGGGUGGGUGGAGAAGCGGAGGCAGUGGGAAGAGCUACUAUGCCCGAUGGUCUGCAGAGACUGCAGAGAGCAUCAGGGGAGGAACAGCAGGAGCAGGAGGGGCAGGAUCAGGAGGGGCAGCAGGGGCAGCAGGGGCAGCAGGGGCAGCAGGGGCAGCAGCAGGAAGAGCGGCAGGAGCGGCAGCAGGGGGAGCAGGAGGGGCAGGAACAUAGGUCGGUGGAGUGGGUGCAGGUGAGGGUGCAGGACACGGGCAUAGGCAUGGCAGCACACAUCAUGCCUCACAUCUUCCACCCCUUCACUCAGGCCGACUCCUCCUCCUCACGCCGCUUCGGAGGCACGGGGCUGGGUCUUGCCAUCUGUCACUCGCUCAUUGGCCUCAUGGGUGGGGAGAUCUCUGUGGAGAGUCGGCCUGGUGCCGGGUCGGCUUUCACUGUCUAUAUUCCCUUUGGGAAAGCUCGAGGGGAUCAAGUGGUGGCGGAUGGGAGGGAGGAUAACAGAGUGAAUCAGCUGGUGGUGACGCGCAUGCUGCGCAGCCUGGGCGUGGCGUGUGACGUGGCUGUCAAUGGGCGGGAAGCUGUUGCUAAGUGCGCACAGCGGGACUACGACCUCGUGCUUAUGGACUGCCAUAUGCCUGAGAUGGAUGGAUUUGAGGCAACGCGUCUCAUUCUACAACAUUAUACUGAUCAGAAUAAGGUUCCGUACGUUAAUGCGGAGGAGGCGUUAUCUAAGGCGGGUGUGACUCUACCGGAGGACAUGCUGGCUCAUGUGAAGGAGAAUGGCAUUGCGGAGCUGUUGCUGCAGCGAUACAUUGACCUGCAGGUUCGCGGAGGCAUUCUCGCCGCCGCCACUCGCGCGUUCUCCGGGUUGCGCGAUAGGCUGCUGGCGGAUCCCGCAUUCCUCUUCAAAGUCUUCACAGAGAUUGUGAUCGACUCUGGCUGUGCCACGUUCGCUGAGGUGCGGAAACGAGGAGACGAUUUCUGGAAGGAGUUUGACCUUUACAUGUCAGAUAUCCUCGUGGGAUUCGCCGUCGAUGCUGCUCUCGUCAGCAUGCUCGCGCCCAUGGCUAGGUUCGGCAGCAGCGCCGCAGCUUCGGCAGCCCGAGGCAGGCGGCCAGGCUUGGUGCCGCCGGGCCUGUCUGCAGCUUUGGAGGCGCUUCCCAGCAGCAUGUUUGAGGCGGCUCUGCCUGGGAGGAGAUACAGUGUGGUGCAGAGGGGUGCGACGUGGUUGGUGAAGGGUGCGCAGUAUGCUGUGGUGGGGUUCAGCUGUGGCCUGAUUGGUCAGGCGAUGACAACGGCCAUUGUGCUAAUCAAGAGGAAUCUGAGGAAGCCUGGGGAGCACGAGGAGGAGGUGAAGAUUCCGGGCAUGAUUCCCACUGCCUUACUCUGGGGUGGCUUCAUGGCUGUAUCAUCCAACACGCGCUAUCAGAUCAUCAACGGCUUGGAGCGGGUAGUCGAGUCCUCCCCCUUAGCCCGCAGCAUGCCUCUCGGUGCGCGCAUCUUCACCGUUCUCAUCCGCUUCAGCAACAACAUCUUUGGCAGCAGUCAGUUUGUCGAGGUCGCACGGUGGAGCGGCGUGCAAUGA